AUGAUAAUAAGACAUGCAGCCCGCGCGGGCCGCCGCGCUCUCGCCCAGAACCCGUCGCAACUCUGGAGAAGAUUUCUGUCCACGCAAACCGACUCUUUCGAAACCUCCGCUGAGAACAGCUUCAAGCAGCUGCACUCGCUUGAAGGCCAGUUCAAUGCCACUGCUCCAAUUCAAGAUGCAGUACCCUCCUUUGAUCCCGAGACGGCCACGUCAAACCCUCUCUCUGCGCAAGUCACCGAGUCUGUCGCGGAGCAGUACCACCGGUUCAAGCAGCAGCAGGCGCACAUAGGCAAAAUCGGCUCAGACAUCUCGCCGCACUACCAGCCGCACACGCUGCUCAACAAUCCCCCUGCACCCGCUGACGUUACGCUCGAGCUUCUCCUUGCAUCUGAAGCUCACCAGGGCCAUGCCACCUCACUCUGGAACCCCGCAAAUGCACGUUACAUCCACGGUAUCAGACAAGGUGUGCACAUUAUCUCGCUCGAAGCUACGGCCGCCCACCUGCGCCGUGCCGCAAAGGUCGUCAAGGAGGUGGCUAAAAGAGGUGGCCUCGUCCUGUUCGUCGGGACCCGCGAGGGACAGGACCGUGCUGUUGCGAGAGCCUCCGAGCUGGCAAAGGGGUACCAUCUGUUUGAGCGCUGGAUCCCGGGUAGCAUCACCAACGGGCAGCAGAUCUUGGGCAAGUGCCUCACCAAGGUGGUCAACGAGAAGGACGAAGAGAUCCCUGGGUUCGAAGAGCAGCUGUACGAUAGGCCGGUGCUGCGGCCUGACUUGGUCGUCUGCUUGAACCCGCUGGAGAACUACGUCCUGCUGCAUGAGUGCGCGCUGAACAAUAUCCCAACAAUUGGUGUCAUCGACACCAAUGCGGAUCCUACAUGGGUCACUUACCCUAUUCCCGCCAACGACGACAGUCUCCGCUGCAUUCAGGUAAUUGCCGGUGUCCUCGGCCGCGCAGGCGAAGCAGGGCAGAAAGAACGUCUCACCCUCGCCGAAAACGGACAGGUGACGUACCGCCCUGCAGAGAACCUGCAGCUCCCUGAGGCCCUACAAGACAAGGAGAAGGCUGUAGCCGCCGUUGAAGAAGACUCGGAGCUCAACCUGGAUAAGAGCCUGGAGGACGCAGAUGAGCUCGAAGACAAGCUUGACCAGGCGAGGAAUCAUGAGAUCGGCGACCACGAGGCACGGGGCAUCAAGAAGAUCGACUAA